CGUCGUCGUCGUCCCCAUCUGGAUCCCUCCCUCUUCUCCUCCAACCUCGCCAUCAUUUCCCAGCUCGCUUCCCUUCCCAAGCUCCACCAACCAACCGCCGCCCCACCUCGCCGCCCGCCGCCGAGGCGGAGCUGCGCCGAUGAACACGUCGCAGUUCAUGGACAAGCAGAUCCUCGGCCUCGCGGCCUCCGCCUCCACCUCCUCCGGCGUCGGCGUCGGUGGCGGGGGACCGGAGCUCCUCGAUCUGAUGAGCCCCAACCCGCAGGAGGAGGGCGAGGACCGCCUCCGCCGCCGCCACAGCUCCUCCAACGGCAGCGCCGACGACGUGCUGCCCAGCUACGACUUCCAGCCCAUCCGCACCACCGCCCCCUCCGCCGCCGCCUCCGCCUCCGCCGCGCCGGCCUCGUGGGGGUCCCUCGACUCCGGCUCCAAGGCCGCCUCCGCGUCCUACAACUUGAAGAGUGCUGGCGUAUUGGAGCCCCAUGUGCUAAAGAAAGUUAGCCACGAGGAGGACAGGAGUAAUUUCGGCACGGUUACCAUGGCAGACAUUGAUCGAACCAUGAAGAAAUAUUCUGAUAACCUAUUGCAUGCACUGGAAGGUGUAAGUUCAAGGCUUUCACAGCUGGAGGGUAGAACACACCAUCUUGAAAAUUCUGUUGACGAUUUGAAGAUAACAAUCGGCAACUAUAAUGGCAGCACUGAUGGAAAACUAAGGCAGCUCGAGAACAUGCUGAGGGAGGUCCAAGCUGGUGUGCAGAUUUUGCGUGACAAACAGGAAAUUGUUGAGACACAGCUCCAUCUUGCGAAGCUCCAGCCACCCAAGUCUGAUGCCCUGGCAUCAGAUAAUGUUGGAUCUUCUCAGACAGAUUCGCACCAGCAUGCAGUAGCUCCACAGCAGGCAGCCAUUCAACCACAGCAUCAAGCCCUCACCUCUUCACAACCACUAGCACUUCCUGCCCUUCCUGCUCCAAAUGCGCCUCCUCCACCUCCAACGCUUCAAAGCCAACCUCCAUCACAGUAUCCAGGCCAUCUGCCACAUUCACAAGUACCACCGGUUCCUCCUUCUGCUCCAGUUCCUUCGGUGCCAGCUUUACCACGGGAUCCCUACUAUGCUCCACCUGCUCAGCCGACUGAAACCAUGCACCAGCAGUAUCAGGCCCCUCCAGUUCCACAGCCACAGGCACCCCCAGCGCCGCCUCAGCAGUACCAAACCCCACCCCAAUUUCCUCAAUAUUCACAACCGCCUCAGUCUGGAAUGGUUAACCCUUCGACCCCACUCCCACCCGCUGCACCCCAGCAGCCAGAAGAAGCCAUGUCGUAUGCACCUCCACAGAGCUAUCCACCAAAUGUCCGCCCUCCUUCACCUUAUAUGCCACCGCCUAGUGGACCUGCCCCUCCUUUCUAUGGGCAAAACCAAAGCAUGUAUGAACCUCCUGUGGGCAGGCCAAACUCUGGCCCACCACCGUCCUAUGGUGCUGGCGGGUACGGGCCACAGGGAGGAAGUGGUUUCUCUGAAUCAUAUGGUUACAGCGGAUCCCCUUCACACCGUGGCAAUGCAGGGAUGAAGUCGUCACCCUCACCUUUUGCUCCCUCAGGGCCAUCAUCUGGGGGAAGUGGCAACUAUGGCAGGCUCCCCACAGCCCAAAUACUACCACAAGCAGUGCCUAUCAAUUCCAGCCCAAGUGGUUCCUCUGGCAACAGGGUGCCGGUUGAUGAUGUAGUUGAGAAGGUUGCAACAAUGGGAUUCUCAAGAGAGCAAGUGAGGGCAACUGUGCGGAGGCUGACCGAGAAUGGGCAGAAUGUGGAUCUGAACGUGGUGCUCGACAAGCUGAUGAACGACAGCGAUGUACAGCAGCCCCAGAAAGGAUGGUUCGGUCGAUAAGUUGUGAUGCGCAUCAUUGGUGCUCGAUGUUCUCAUUUCUCAGUCUGUGUAUAAUACUAUUGAAUAUGCUUGCUUGCGCACAACCUCGGAAUUCUUCAGAUUUUUAUAUGGCCUGGAACUGGAAGAACUGAACAGGCAAUUAUAGGUUGGUUUGCUGCCUGCCCUCAGUUGCUUACCCUUGGUGAAAACAUGCAACUACAGUCAACAGGUGUUGUUAAUGAGUUUGGUAGUGUCUCUCUGGAUACCCUUGUUCUUUUCUAUAAAUCUAUUAUAUACAUGUAAUGACGGUAUAUUAAAUCAUAACCAUGGCUUUCCUGUGUUCUGUCAAUAAAACCAUCUUGAGCAUA